UAUCAGUUGUACAGCUGAACAUCUGUAAAACUUUUAAAGUGGCAAUUUUAUAUUAUACGAAAAGAAUACCAUAAUUAGUAUCAAUUAAUUGAUUAAUAAGCUGCACGACUAUGGCUACACGAAAGAGAAGUGGCUCUGGUUCUAAAAGACAUUUAAAAGAAAAAGUCGUACAGAUAUACGAAUCAUUCUUUAGAGGCGAAGACUUGACAAGUGAUAACCCAACAUUUUGGGAUGAGUUUUUUCUGUUAAAACCUAAAAUUCCUCAGCUUGAAGCUGAAAUACAUAAGCUGUCCGCUGAACAACUAACCAAUUUAAAAGACAAUAUCAAUUUAUUGGUUCUACAAUGCAUAGAAAUGUUGGGACAAGAACAUCACAUAAGGUUGGUGUAUGCACUGCAGACGUUCAGUGCAAUAUUGACUACCAUGUAUCAAAGAGCGGGGCAAGAUGCUACUCUGAAUAUCAAGACUAUUUUAUUAGGAACAGAUACUGCAAAUGCAAAAAUGCAGAAACUAUUAGAACACUGCAGUACAGUGUUAUCAGGUGAUGUACCGGAUAGCUUGAAAUCAAUGGUGCUGAAGUUACUAUUAAUAAUCGCAACCGGAAUAGAUAAUAUUGAUGACAACCCACUGGUGGAAUAUUUAAUGCUUCAUUCGUUGUUUGAGCCUCUGAUACAGUUACUGUGUACAGCGACUGAAAGACAGCAACAUGGGUAUGACGUCGUGCUGCUCCUGAUGUUCCUAGUUAAUUAUAAAAAACAAGAAUCUGCGAAUCCCUACGUCGUGAAACUGUCGAUACUUGACGAUGAAUUGGCUCUAAAUGGAUACGGUCAAGUAAUUAGAGCGGCAUUGAACGACUUCGUGAUGUCAACAUUCGGAGGAAUGCAGGCGAGCGGUGGCGGGUGGUUGUCAUCUCUCACGAGUAUGGUGGGAGGUAUAUUUCUCACCAGCGACGAGACGCAGCCAGUGGUUAGAGGACAAAGAAAUAGCGGGGGUGAGGAGGGCAUGCUGCUGGCGCUGUACGAGGCGUCUCACCUGAACCGCAACUUUAUGACGACGUUGGCGCAUUCGUCGUCCGCAGCCGCUUCCUCGGCGCCCCCCUCCCCGCCACACACGCUCCCCCCGCACCAGAGCCCACCUAACUUAGCGCAGAUUCAAGCGCUUGACAAUGAUCAGCCAACAAACCUACUAGUCACGUUCUUUCAAUACUGUUCCAUAGUGAUGGCAGACACGCGAACAGAGGCCAGUAUCAAUAAGUGCAGCCUGUGUUUCAUCACACUCACUUGUAUUGUUGAGGAACAGUUCGCAAAUUCUAUAAUGCAUGAUCAAAAUCUUACGUUUAAGGUCCAACUGUACAGGCUACCAAUGCGUCACAGAAAAAUAGUUCCCGAAGAACCGCCGUCACAACCUCUCGCUUCGACGCUCAUCGAGCUGCUGGUGGAGUUCAUGAUGUGCCACCUGCUGAAGAAGUUCCCGGGCGCGCUGUACGAGCUGUGCGUGGGCGUGCUGCUGCGGCUGCUGAGCUACCAGAAGCGCUGCCGCGUGCGGCUGGCGCGCGACUGGCGGCCGCUGUGGGCCGCGCUCAUCGCGCUGCUCAAGUUCCUCGUGGCGCACGAGGGCGCGCUGCUGCGGCGCCACAACGUGUUCCUCAUGGCGCAGCAGGUCGUCAACAUAUUCAACCUGUUCAUCACGUUCGGGGACACGUUCCUACCGACGCCGUCGUCGUACGAUCAGCUGUACUACGAGUUGAUCCGGAUGCAUCAAGUUUUUGACAAUCUCUUUUAUAUGGCGCUCCGCUACUCGACGGCGGCGGGCGAGUACAAGGCGGAGGCGCUGCGGCUCGCCAACUGCCUCGUCAACGUGCGCGCCAUCAUCCAGCACUUCUCGCCCAAGAUCGAGGCGUGGCUGGCCUCGCAGAGCCUCUCCACGCCCACCGAGGACCAGAUCCUCGAGGUCGUCCGCAAGAACUACGACAGCCUGAUCCUGAAGCUGCAGGAGGGGCUGGAGGCGUACGAGCGCUACGACGAGCGCGCGCAGCGGGCGCUGCUGCUGCGGCUCGCGCGCGCGGCCGGCGCGGGGGCGCGCGCGCGCUCCGACGCCGCCGCGCUGCGCCUGCACUCGGCCGCGCUGCUGCACCACUACACGGCGCUCGCCUAGCGGGCCUCGCGCUGACUCUCCUUCUCCCCUUGCACUCGUGGCCGACUCGCCAUAGAUUUGUGUUUUAAUGCUGCGUCUUCAAUACGACGAGGAACUUCGACACCCCUUAUGGGAAAUAUUUGAUUAUUUUAAAUUAUUCGUAAUACUCAUAUUACGUUCUCGACCCUUGUCCAUUAUUGUGCAUUUUAAUAUUUAUUUUACCAAAACAUUAGACGAUCGAGACGCUGACGACACCUGAUGACCUUCGACGUUCCGAUAUUUUAACCGUGUGGUUAACCAAAAUAUUAUUUACAUUUGUUACUAUAUCCGAUAAAGCGAAAGAGAAGAAUUUGUUUAUUAACGUAAAAACUAUAUGUUGAUAAAUACAACAUAUUACAAAAAACACCAUUUUCAAAAAACGACAACGUCUCCG